AUGGAGCCGACGGGGCCUAUCUCCCAGAAGAACCCAGGUGCCGCACGCCGUGAGCACAACUCCGGAUUGCAGGAAACGCUUCCGCCUGUGUUGCUUGGGCGGCUGCAUCUGUCCCGACCAUCCCAUGUGCCGCUCAUCGUCAACAAGGCCUCCGAUGGCGUGACCUCUGAGAGGGCCGCUGCUUCCGAGCCUCCUUUCAGUGCCAGGAAGCCGCUACUUGCAGCCGCCCGUGCUGCUGCCGCCACUCCUCGCGCACUCUCCAGCCGGGCCACCUCACGGGGCAGUGCCGGCAGCGUAACAGCAACAGGGUCCACCCUGCACGAGGACCACAAGCCGAAGCAUUUCACUGCGUGGACUCAGCUCCGGACGAGAGAGUUGGCACCGAUGCCAGACGUCGAGGAGCUCCUGGGCAUCGGUCCCGCCGUGUCCUUUGGCCACGGUCUGCUGUGGCCUGGGACUUUCCAGCAGUACGCCAUCGGCUGGAUGCCAGGGAUGAGCCUCACAGGUGCCUGCCUGGGGGUCGCCGAGUUCGGCCGGCUGCUUCGGGAAAACCACGUGAUCCUCGACUACGCCUCGCGUUGCCGCAUCCUCGAGCUUGCCGUCGGGAGGGGUGCCCAAAUCAUUGAUUUCCCUGCACUUCUCAGCUUCGUUGAGGCCACGGCGCGUAGUGUCACCUUGGCAGAGGAUCUUCGGGCUUCGGGUGGCCCCCGUCGAGGGCGGCGGAAGCGUGUGCGGCGGCCGGAGAAGGCGAAGGAGACGAAUGAAGCGGCAGACAAGGCAUACGAGCAGAUUGAGAUCAAUCCCAUGCGUGCGUGUGUGUUAGAAGUGGGCGGGGAGAAGUUGCACUUCUGCCUGGAACCCAAGGAGGUGACCAACAGAGGCGAGGUGGAAGACUGCGCUGCCAAUUUAUCUGGCAUGUGCAGGGCAUGCACGGAGCGAAUUUCGAAGUUCGCGCAGCUGAUUGGAGAAGACGGGACGUACGUCGCCUUCAACCAGGAAGUCACUGAGAAGAACGUGGAUGCAAUCCGAGCCAAUCGUGACCAGCAGGAGCACAGCCCGGAAGUGUCAGCAUAUCACUUCAUCGUCGUAGACCGCGAGUUCGCGAUGAGGUAUCCUACGCUCCAGGGCGGUUUUCAGCAUGUGCACUUCACAUUCGGAGACCUCACGCCUCCUCACGUGGCAGCGAAGAUCAAGCAGCUGUCCAACUACAUGAACGGCUCCUUUGACAAUCGUUUCCAGAAGUUGAUCGACGACCCGGCUUCUUUGAACAUCAUCCAGGAGGAGAUUCCGAACCUUGUUCGGCCGGACCACUGGAAGGCGGUGACAUCCUGGGCGGUGAACUUCGUGGCAAAGGCUGAAGGCCGAAAAUGGUCGGAGCUUCCGAUCCACAAGAAGUUCGAGAUCAUGGCCUUUGCCAUGCUUUCUGGGCGUUCCCACGGCGCCAUCCACACUGACAUGCAGCAGGCCGGCAACUUGGUGGACUUCAUGACUGACGCCCACAGCAGGGCUGCGCUGCGAGCGCUCAUGGACGACAGGAGCAAUCCGGAGACUUAUCAGGUUAGCCGUGUUGCUGGUAUCUUGCGUGACAAAGCAGUGACAUCCCAGUGCACCGUCACGCUUACGUGGGGCGGUGAGGGCCAGCCGAACAAGUCAGAUCUCGAUUUGCACACUAUGGUGGACGGUGUGGAGCUCUAUUUCAGCAGGAAGGUUGUUGGAAAGUGCAAGCUUGACUUUGAUGCGAACGCACAGACUGUUGAGGCCUUCCCUGCCGAGAACAUCUCGCUGAACCAGCCGGGCACCUUCCCCAUCAAGGUCAACAACUACCGCAACCGCGACUCUGCCAGCGUUCCCUUCCAGGUCACCGUCAAGAAGCCCGGCUCUAGCCAGGUGUACACAGACGUUUGGCCCAAGGACCGUGCGCCAGGACGCCUCAUGGAAGUCUGCACCGUGACUGUGACCCCCGAGGACCUGGUCGAGGAGCCCGUGGAGCUCUCAGCUGCAGAGCAGAAGCGCCUGGCCGCCAAAGAGGAGGAGUGGAUGCGCAUGGUCGGAGAGCCCAGGUCGGCAGUUGCCACCGACGCAAACAUUGCGGACACCGAAGGCCUCGAGAUGAUCUUGGUGAAGUCUGCAACGGCCUUCAAGCCCAGCAGCCGCGGCAGCGCACAGGCGGCCUUUGCUUCGAUGCUGACGGCGCCCGUGAAAAGAGAGGAUGGCAAGGCUUCGUUGGCGGAUCGAUGCAAGCGGGGCAGCCUCUCUGGCUUGAUUGAGCACAUCUCCGAGACUCCUUGCUCCUUGAUGGUUGACCCACGAAACUUUGUUCCGGGCUAUGUCACGCACUUGCAGACAGAAACGGAUGUGCUCUUCGAGAACCUUGCCAUCAACGUCUACCAUCGGAAGAAUGAGCUGCCCCAGGCCCCAAGAAGCGACGAGCAGUCGACGGUCCGAUUCGAUGCAAGCUGGGGGGUGUCCAGCAUGGCAGCUGUGCAUGGCUUCAUCAAGUUGAAGAACCUCUGUUUCAUGGUGCUGAAGGGGGCCCAUCUUCCCAAGGAUCCCUCCUGGCCGCGGGGUGGAGGGAUGUAUCCUACCAAUCUGAAGCCUGAAGCGCACCACCACCGCAGCAAGUGGGUUAGCUUCCACGCCCUGGUGCUGCCCGAGGAGCCUGCAACCGGCGUGCCGCUCAUCGGCUCGGCACUGGUUGGUUUCCCAAGCUUCCGCUUCAUCCUCGACGGCAAGGAGAUCUCCGACGGCACCUGCGUUAUCCAGCGGAGAGAGUCAUGCACUGUCCGAGCGAAUCGGUCUUGCCUAGCCAAGUAUCGAGACAGGGACGGCGAGGGGCAGCUAUGCCGCGAAGACUACAUGCGCCUGGUGCGGGAUCGUGGUCAGGUGCCGCGCACGCCCGAAGAGUUCCACGACUUGCACCGGCAAGUGGCAUUCUGCCGUGAGGAUGGAUUGCCAGGUCCGUUGGAUUUCGCGGCCUUCAUCAGGUUCGUGACCUACCUGAGCGGUGCCGGGUGUGCGUGA